UGUCUCCAUAGGAACAGAAAUGUUUACCCUGAUACAGGAAGCUACGAUUGUUCUGGUAGUUUCCCUCCGGUAUGGACACACCGAAUGCACGCCAGUGAUGAGCUUUAUGUGCUUAGCUCUGGAAACAGCGGCCUCAUGGACAAUUUCCAACGCCAACAAUCUGUGUGGAAUUUAGUGAAGGAAAAUGUUCCCUGCUCUGAGCUUCCUGAGAUCCGAGCUGUACUUGGAGAAACACUGAUUGAUACAUACACAGAGUUAUAUUCAGAGGUGGAGAUGUGGGAGAAGAUUUGGCAGACGCUCCGGUGCUCAGAGAAGGGCAACAGGCCAGAAGCCCCCAUGUUCCCUUUGGCUGACCCCCCAGCUGUUAAAGAGUUGCUAAAAGCAGAGAUUCAGUUGCUGCUGCUCACACUGAGAGAGAAAGCUGCUAGACAGGGCAGGAAUGAAGAAGAGGUCAUGGCUCAGUACAAUCCUAGUGUGGUGAAUUACGCAUUGGACAGCAGUAACACACAGAGACAAGGGAGUCCAGGCAGCUGGCGUGAAAUAAAAUUGCUUUCCAGACCCCCAUCAAGUCUAAGCGAGACUAGAAGCAGGUCAGUCUCCAGCCUCUCAUCUCACUCUAGUUGUGAAGAAGAAAUCAAGGCCUUAAGACACAAGUUAAACAUCAAGCAUAUAGAUGAGGUUGUGACCCAUCUCAGGUCAGUCAUAACCGAAGAAUCUGAAGCACUGAAAAGAGACGUGCAGGUCCUGCAGGAAAACCUUGAGACUGAGAGAGCCGGUGCUCAGACAGAACAUGUAUCUCCUGAACCCACCAUAGCAGAGCUCAAAGAGGAACGGAGACUCAUUCAGAGGGAUCUGAAUGACCAGAGUUUAAUAAGCAGCUCCCACAACACAAAUAUUAAGAGCACUAGAAAUCCACAAAUCCAUGCAAGGGAGACGUGCAAACCCACUGUCUUUGCAAAUGAUUUGGAAGGAUUGAAACCAUUAAACGCAACAGUUUCCUAUUUGAAGCCAUGUCCGCCCAAAGACCCAAACCACACCUGGAGCGAUCCAUCGCUAAUGAGCUCCUCAUGUGCUGAACCCACGAUCCCUGUUUCUGCUUUGCAACAUGGGGACAGAGAACAUAAGUCCAGAGGAAAUUCACUUAGAGCUUCAGCCUUCAGACUGGUUCCAGCAGCCUCAGUCAAAACAUCGGGAUCCGUAAAAGACUUCUUCCUGAUGGAGGUGACUAAAAAUACUGACCUAGUCUGUCUCCAGCCCGCUCCUCCUGCAGUGCAGAGAACAGCCAGCAGGGGGCAGAGGGGGAGCAGACGCUUGUGUUUUCCUCAACCUGACAGCCUGCUCAGUUCUCUGUGAGAAGAGU